ACUUGGCCGGAUUUUGCCUUGGAGAAACAGUUCGAAAAUAACUUCUAAACGUUAAACAAGUAGGAAUUCUUUUUUGAUUUAUUUUCGUAAAUUCAUUCGCGUUCUUCGCUUUAAAUAAGAAAGGAGAAACGCGUCUUAAUAGGAUGAAUUUAAUCGAUAAAAAUUCAAAAAAACAAAUUGUCAUUUGUAUUUCGCGCCAAAUCGAGCCGCCGACAGCACUUUUCGACGAAUCGCGUGCUUUUCAAGAAUUAGCGGUGUUGUUCAGAGCGCGAUUCGGUUACAGUGUUUACGGUUGAUGGGGUGAUUCGUUUUUUUUUAGAAUUCAUCAAUUUUUUCACUUAUUAAAGAGAAAAAAUAUAUUUAAUAAAAAAGAUGAGUGAGAACGGUUCGGUCGAGCUGUUAUUGCCGUCGUUGGUGGUCGCUGUCGUCGUCGGGGCCGCGUUUCUUCUAUUACGGUACGUUUUAAGUGUCGUGCAAAACGCGAAUCCGGACGAGGUACCGAGAAAAAUCGAGAAAAAUGCUAAGGAAGUUUCUGACCAAAAGAGACAGUCGCAAACGCAUAUUGUGUCUAAUAAAAAAAAGAAAACCAUCGAUAAUCGUUUGGGGAGGAACGAUAAAACUUUUACUGAUAAAUGGUUAAAAACUUCCAUGAAAGGACACACUGGACAAGUUUUAGAUAUGGAUUAUUCCAGCAAUGGGAGAUUGUUGGCAUCGUGUUCAGACGAAGAUGACUCCGCAUCGAAAACUUCAAUUUCCACUGACGGAGACAGCAACCUCUCGUCAGAAUACCUCGAGGAAGAGGAGGAUCAAGAAAAAAAGCAAGACGUGAAGCCGCAAUUAAGUAGAAGACAAAGGAAGAAUCGGAAACGCGACGAAAACGCAUCCCCGGUCUUGAAGAGCAAUAAAGCGAGGGGAAAAAAGUCGAUAGAAAAGAAUUUUAAGCACGAACCAUCCCUUUUUUAUGAAAAACUUGGUGUUCCCGACGUUGAUUUGACCUCAUUUCUUCAUUCAUACCUUUUAAGUACCGAGCAAAUGUUAGCGUUGGGUUAUCCGAUGGAUAGUAGCCAAGAUCCCGGGAAAGUAAUUAUUUUUAAGGGGAAUAUGGGGGGAUUUUGGGGGAAAAACGAUAACAAUAAAAAGAAAAAAACAUUUUUUGAUGUUAACGCCAAGGAAUUUUACCCGAGGAGUUACACAAAAAAAGAGAUCAACGAAGAUAGCGGAAGAGACUCGGGAAAUUCGUCCGAGUGCGAAGAAGAUGUCAAGAGCAACCCCAAAAUCGAAGAAAAUUACAUUUAUAACUCGAUUUUAGAGCGGAGCGAAUUAAUUUCUAUUUAUAACAAAAAGGAAGUGAGAAAUAACAAAAAAAAUUGUUGCCGAUGCGGGGACGAUUUUUAUUUGAACCCGGAAGACUCCGGGUACAUCACCCAAGAGCCUUGCACGUAUCAUUGGGGAAAAUUAACGAUGUUUCACCCAACGUCGUUGGGUGUUUUAAAGUAUCAGUGUUGCGGCGGUUUCGAAGGGAGUCAAGGGUGCAUGCAGGGUAAAUUACACGUUUGGACCGGAAUUAAUGCGGGUGUAAACGGACCUUUCGAUAACUAUGUUAAAACGAAACCUCGAAAAACGACCCCACCCGGUGGGAACACCGGCGCAUACGCGAUUGAUUGCGAAAUGUGCUUCACCGUAAAAGGGAUGGAGCUGGUUAAAGUGACGGUAAUCGGUUGUGAUGGACGUUUAGUGUACGAUACAUUUGUUAAACCUGAAAUGAAUGUUGUUGAUUAUAACAGUCGAUUUUCCGGAAUUACAGCGAAGGAUUUAAAUAAGAAAAAAAAUCCGAAAAGUUUACGGGAAGUCCAAAAUGAUUUGAUGGGGUUUAUAUUUUCAGAUACGAUUCUUAUCGGGCAUGGAUUAGAAAAUGAUUUGAGGGUGUUGAAGAUUUUGCACCCGACGGUUGUUGAUACAGCCGUUGCAUUCCCACAUCGAAACGGGUUGCCUUAUCGUAGAUCAUUGAAACAGUUAGCCUCGUGCUUUUUAAAACGAGACAUCCAAACUAAUUCGGAAGGCCACGAUAGCUUCGAGGAUGCGAGGGCUUGCAUCGAUUUGAUGUUGAUGAGGAUCGGAAGGGAUUUCCAAUCAAUUCUCCAACAUUCUUAUCAACUCUAAUAAAAUAAAAAAAGGAAAAAAAUGAUCUUAUUAAAAAAAAGAGUUCCUCAUUAUCAAUAGGAUUAUUUUUUUUAUAUUUAAUCUUAAGAGUGCGUUAUUUAAACGGUGGGGUAAACAGCUAAGAAUCGAAUCUCUCCGGGUUUAUUCCUGUUUGCGUCCGCUUUAAAAUAGACUGAUGUAGUACAAAAUAAAAAUACACUUUUGUUACUAGUAUUAAAGAAACUUAAUUUAA